UCGGCAUUUCAGAAAAUCAAAGAAGAGGGAAGCGUUAGUGGCAAGUAACCUUCCUUAUUCCCCUCUCUCUCUCUCUGUAGAUUAUUCCUUGCGGACUUCUUUAUUCUUGCAUCUCAAGCUUCUCAGAAAUCCAAAUUGAUCCUUCUCCCACCAUUUCUUCAUCAUUGCUUAGUUUUUCUUACAGAACAACCAAGGAUCCACCGCUGAAGUGCGAUUGCAGGGGUUUGAUCCGUCAAUUUGAACUCUGGUAGAGACCUUGACUUCAUCAAUUUACCAAUCUCCAUUCGUCUCCAAGAAUAAUUGAAGAUUGUUGUUGCAUAAGAAAACGAAAUGUUGGGGGAACUCAUUACCAGGAGUCUCAUGAUGGUGCUAGGGUAUAUAUAUCCUGCGUUCGAGUGCUUCAAAACCAUGGAGAAGAACAGAGUCGAGAUUGAUCAACUCCGGUUUUGGUGUCAAUAUUGGGUCAUUGUUGCACUGGUUACUGCUUCUGAGAGGGUGGGGGAUAUCUUCAUCUCAUGGUUACCCAUGUAUGGGGAGAUGAAGCUGGCCUUCAUGAUCUACUUAUGGUUUCCAAGAACCAGGGGAACUAGUUAUGUCUAUGAAACCUUCCUGCGGCCUUUCAUGACGAAGUAUGAGCCAGAUCUCGAUCAGAAUAUGGGGGAACUGAGGGCAAGAGCCUGGGAUUUAGCUGUGAUGCAUUGGAAGAACUGUGCUCAAUUCGGAGAGACAACAUUUGUUCAAUUCCUCCAGUAUUUAACUUCAAAGGCUAAAGGCAACGAAAUUCCGAAGAUCGAUCCUCAGUACCCCAGUGCGCCUCCUCUCAACACAAUCUCCUCCGGCGACUGGCAGACAAAACAUCCCAGCAACAGGCGGUCACCGUCGACAUCACCACCGCCAAAACGCCGCUCGUGGUUCCCAACAUUGGGUUCCCUUUACAAAUCUGACUCAACCACCUUUCAACAAGCCACUAAGACGGCCAUGCCGAGCCCCAAGAAGAAAAAAUAGUUAAAAAAAAAAA